AUGAAUACCAUACUCGUUGUUGGAUGUGGUAUCACAGGUUCCGUUGUGGGAACCAUGUUGGCCAAGAAAGGAUAUAAAGUGAUGAUUGUCGAGAGAGUAGCCAAAAUAGAAGAUGUCGGUGGUGCUUUGGCAAUUUGGCCGAAUGGGUGGAAAGUUUUGGACACAAUUGGACAGGCAAAGAUCGAUAACCCAUGGCGACACGGGGUCGAGUAUAAUUCCAAGGGAGAGCAAUUGGUCGAUUGGGAUCAGUCAUAUUUCAAGAAAAAGUAUGGUUUCCCAUCGAGUGCGCUACGAAGGUCGGAGCUGCAUUCGCGACUGAAACAAAAUGCUAUCGACCAUGGAGUCGAGGUACUCGAAGGUUGGAAGUUGAGUGAUAUUCAAGAAGUUGACAGUGGUGUCGUUGCGGUAUCUGAAGAUGGGAGAGAGGUUCAGGCCAAGUUUGUCAUCGGCUGUGACGGACUUCAUUCUGCGACGAGGAAGUGGGUUCUCGCAAAAAAGGGCAUUUCAGAGCCACAACCCGAUUUUACGGGGUUGGUCACGAUUGUUGGAUUCAGCCCUACUCCCGCGUCGAUAGAGUCGAGUACCGUGCUCGGCGUGUACGGAGACGAAAAGUACUUUGUCACCUACAAGGUAGAUGAGAAGUCGUGGUUGUGGGGCAUCAUUGAACCCGGGGAGCCCGAAAGAGAGUCUUGGAGGGAUAUUGACGACCUCGAGGCGCAAAAGGAGAAGCUGUUGAGUGAGAUGGUUGACUGGCCUGAGAUCACGAAAGGGUUGGUUGGGUCGACGAUGAACCUGGUGAGGUUUGGCUUGUACGAUCGUCCUGAAUUGCCGCCGGAGCAUUGGUAUCAUGGCAGAUGUGUUCUGGUCGGAGAUGCGGCACAUCCAACCAGUCCACAUUUAGGUCAGGGGGCGAACCAGUCGCUCGAGGAUUGCUGGCAUCUGGCUCAGCUGUUGCCAGAUGCAGACAGUCAGUGUGACAUUUCGGAAUUGAAGGAUGCUUUUCAGAAAUAUGCCGAGAAGAGACAGCCGAGAACAGCGGAGUUGGUCAAGGCUGCGAGACAGGGAGGGAAGAUACGAGUGGUCCAUGGAGAAGAAGCGUGUAGAAAGAGGGAUGGGAUGGUCAAAAGGAUGUAUGCCGACGAGGAAGCCAUGGCUGUGAGAGUACACAAUCUUUACAAGGAGCCAUUUGAGAUGUCAUAG